AUAAAAUUUUCACGGUGGAGGAGAGAUAUCAACAGUGGAAUGUAACCGCGCACGAACAGGGGCAGAGUCUGUCAGCAAAAUCCGUCUCCAUCCUUAUGUUUUAGCCAAUAAUGACUCCCCAGAUACGGAGAGCAUAAACUACGCGUUUCACACUACCGGAUGAUAUCGAUAUUACAGCUCUUCGUUCCUCAGACAGAUAAAAAAGGGAUGGUGAAAUUUGGAUUGUCAAAGAAAGAACUGGGAUUUUGGGGGGGUGGGGGGGAGAGAGAUUGUGAAUUAAGGGGGUUGUAAACCAAUCAAAGACGGUGGAACAUUUGCCGACGUACCGUUGACAAAAGGCUUAAAGCUAAACAUUUAGGACAAGCAACGUUACUUACUCAGCCAGAAACGAAGCAAGAAACAUAACGUUAGCUAAUAGCGAAAUGGAGCUAAGAGUGGGGAACCGGUACAGGCUGGGCAGAAAAAUCGGAAGUGGAUCUUUUGGGGACAUUUAUUUAGGCACAGAUAUUUCGGUGGGUGAGGAGGUUGCAAUUAAGUUGGAAUGUGUGAAGACCAAACACCCCCAGCUCCACAUCGAGAGUAAGAUCUACAAGAUGAUGCAAGGAGGAGUGGGUAUUCCAACAAUAAAGUGGUGUGGAGCCGAAGGUGACUAUAAUGUGAUGGUGAUGGAGCUGCUGGGGCCCAGCCUGGAGGAUCUCUUUAACUUUUGCUCUCGCAAGUUCAGCCUCAAAACAGUCCUCCUGCUCGCUGAUCAAAUGAUCAGUCGCAUUGAGUACAUUCACUCCAAGAACUUCAUCCACAGAGAUGUGAAGCCUGAUAACUUCUUGAUGGGACUGGGCAAAAAGGGCAACCUGGUCUACAUAAUUGACUUUGGCCUAGCUAAAAAAUAUCGUGACGCUCGUACACACCAGCAUAUUCCCUACCGCGAGAAUAAGAACCUGACUGGCACUGCACGUUAUGCCUCAAUCAACACACAUCUUGGGAUUGAGCAGUCAAGGCGUGAUGACCUGGAGUCCUUGGGCUAUGUUCUUAUGUAUUUUAAUCUGGGCUCACUGCCUUGGCAAGGCCUUAAGGCUGCUACCAAGAGGCAGAAGUACGAACGGAUCAGUGAGAAGAAAAUGUCCACCCCCAUUGAGGUGCUUUGCAAGGGAUAUCCUUCUGAGUUUGCAACCUACCUGAACUUUUGUCGCUCUCUACGCUUCGAUGACAAGCCAGACUACUCAUACCUACGGCAGCUCUUCAGGAACCUGUUUCACAGACAAGGCUUCUCCUAUGACUAUGUAUUUGACUGGAACAUGCUUAAGUUUGGAGCCAACCGUGCAGCAGAGGAAGCAGAGAGAGAGCGCCGGGACAGGGAGGAGAGGCUGAGGCAUGGCAGAAACCCAGGGGCUAGGGGAAUACCUGCCGUAUCAGGAAGACCGAGAGGAGCCCAGGAUGGAGCCCCGCCUGCCCCACUAACACCCACCUCGCAUACAGCAAACACAUCCCCUCGACAAAUGUCUGGUAUGGAGCGUGAACGAAAGGUCAGCAUGCGACUGCACCGUGGCGCUCCUGUCAACGUAUCAUCCUCAGACCUAACAGGACGGCAGGACACUUCACGCAUGUCCACCUCACAGAAUAGCAUUCCCUACGAGCAUCACGCCAAGUAGACGCUCGCCACGUCCUUGUGUGACGGCGGCAACACUGGAUGGUGUCCGGUGCACUGCCUGCUGGUCUCCAUCUUCUAGCUCCACGAUGAGCUACCACAAUGCAACCUGGCAGACCAAGCUCUGUUCACUCAGAAGCAAUUUGACAUACUAAUACUACCAUUACCACUAUUAAUAACUACUACAGCUACACUGGAAGCCAGCUUCUGACUCGGAACAAACUGCUUUGACUGACUGCACUAAGUAACGUUGCCUCCCUCAGAAUAUCGCACACCCACCCUCUCUGUCUUCCUCAUCCUUUUUCCCCAUUUCUGUGUCUGACCCUUCAAAACAUUUAAGCAUGUCAGACCUCAGGACUGCUCUGUCCACUUUUUCAGGAGACAUUUGUACAACCCUCUGCACUGCUUUCACCACCACCACGGCCACCAGAUUUUGAAUGGGUAGUGGUAAAAACGUGAUAACCCAGCCAUUUUUUCUAAGACACUGACUAGUUAAUGCCACUGGUCCCUUCUUCUCCUCCUGUGGAAGCAUUCUUUUCUUUUUUUGACCCUACAUUUCCACUGUUAGUGAUUGUGCUAAUUCAUACCUGAAAAACAGCUUUUCUUUCUUUAUUGCAGUAAAGUAUCAAGCUGAACCAGUUCUUCAUUUUGUAUAUGUAUGGGUAGUAUUUGGCACGUGAUGGGGUCUUCAUUGGCAUUUUGCAGUUUUCAUUCCCUCAUCCCAACAACCACCUUUCUUGUUUUUAAUAAUUACUGCCACAGUAUCUCUCUUCAGUCAGUCUAGCCAUUUGAAUUCAAUAAAAAGAAACCGCUUCUUUGCAUGUUUGGUGGUAAGCCUUCAGGCACGUGGGGAGGUUUGAGUGCUAGUUGAACCCAUGAACAUACCAAAAAUAUGCUUUGGUAUCUUGGUUUCAGGAGGUUGUGUGUUCAUUCAGUAGUUGACAAUAUAUUCUGUCUGUUCUCCUCCAGGCUCUGGUAUACUGUCCAAUGAACCCUGUUCCCUUUCCUGUGUUUUAUACAUAUUAUGUAGGGUACAAGGGUGUCAAAUCACAUAACCUGUCCAUUCACUGUGUACAGGUAUACAUUUUAAUUUUUCUUAUUUGUAUUAUUUUGAAGCUGUGAAGUACUUGUAAUACUGAUGUGUAAAUGAUUUCUCAUGUUUUAUCUCCACUGAUCUGUAAGAAUAGGUAUAAACACAGUCACGGCUCUCAGUAUGAGAGGUUCAGUGAUCCUAUACCAGUGUUGCAAACUGCAACUUUUCCAUGGGCAUUGAAAAUGCAUUCUUUGUGUAUCCUCUUAAAUAAACAUUUACUGAAGUUAUCCUUCGUUGAGAAUGCAGAGAGGAAUGCUGACCUUCAUCAGUUUAGGGUCAUCAUUUAGCCUCUCCAGCAGUGUUUUGCGGUUUUUAUAUUAAGCUCAACUCAUCUGAAACUUCUGGCUGUGAUGAACAGCUAUGCCAUGUUUGCCUGUUGUAAUUCAUUCAUGUUGUUGCUCAUUCUUUGAAUAGUUUUUUGAUUCUGUUCCUUGAUUUCUUUGGUCAGCUGCUUUAUUGAAUUCUGUAAAUAACCAGAUCAGCAUUUACGGUUUCAUUUAUAUCUGUUUAUGCACUUGCACUGUAAAUAAAUGAAUUACUUAUA